ACGUUCGACCGUGAAGUGGUAUAAAACAAAAGACAGCGGAGUCUCGGCAGUCUGAUUGAAGAUCGACUCGAAGAACAGCAACCAAAUUUCAUUCCUCAUUCCAUUAUUUUACCGUUAAAAAAUGGGUGAAGUGGUUCUUCAAAGUUACGUCGCUGAUCGGAAGCGUGAUUUGCGAACUUUGAAGUGCUACAAGCUCAAUAGAAUCUACAUGAGGCUGAUCGGUCAAUGGCCGUUCUCGCCGUUGUGGCAACAACGACUUGGUAUUUGUUUUUUCUUGUGUGCUAUUGGAAAUCUCUACUCCCUUGAGGUUAUUCACUUCUAUCAGUCGAGAAACGAUUUGGAUGCGUUUAUCGAAAGCUUCGCUCCAGUGAUGGUAAACACUGCAAGCUUCAUUAAGCUUGGUACUCUUCUUUUUGGAGCUAAAGCGAUAAGGGAACUAUUUACCCGCAUGCAAAACGAUUGGAAUACUCGAACGGGAGACGUUGAGAAUCGUAUUCUUGAAGAAUAUGCCAACAAGUCAAAAUUCCUCACGCUUGGCUACACGGUUUACAUGUACGGUGCAAUGGUAGCCUACCUGACAAUGCCAACGAUGCCAAUGGUACUAAAUGUUCUCCAACCAUUGAACGAAUCGCGACCGAGAGAAUUGCCUUCGCACGCUGAAUACUUUAUCGAUGAUCCGACUCAACAUUACUUUCCACUGUUUUUUCACCAAUCUCUUGGUACUAUCAGUUCGGUAACUACCGUAAUUGUUUGCGACACGAUGUACGUCACGUAUGUCCAACACGUUUGCGGAAUAUUUGCUGCUCUCAAUUAUCAACUGGAAACGUUGGUCGAUGAGGAACAAGUCGAAGAUUUUUACGAUAAUGAUAAAAACAGUUGCAUUUCUGCUAAAAUUGCUCAGUGCGUCAAUGAACACCAGAAAGCAAUAAAAUUUGCAGAAUACAUUGAAGAUACUUACAACAUUUCGAAUCUGUUACAAACGAUGCUAAACAUGCUGGUAAUUAGCGUCACUGGGGUCCAAACUGCAAUAAAUCUCGAUAAGCCGGACGUUAUCGUAAGAUUCGGGACUUUUACCCUUGCCGAGCUGAUGCACCUGCUUUACAACAGUUUGCCAGGCCAAGCAAUUCGCGACCAUAGCAGUAUGAUAUUCUACGCGGCUUACAAUUGUAAAUGGUAUGUCAUAUCGAAAAAAUCUCGUGACAUGUUAACACUAAUAAUGCUUCGGAGUAUGACACCUUGUCAACUAACAGCUGGAAAACUGUACGUCAUGGACUUGGAGAGAUUCAGUGCGGUGGUCCAAACUUCGAUGUCAUAUUUCACUGUGCUGACGUCGAUGCGGCAAGAAAAACCUACAUUUUUACUUAGUAUUGUUGAGGAUCCCACAAAUAUCGCAACAAUGAAGCGUUCAAUAGAAUUAGCUUAUCAGAAGCCAAAUAAAUUCUUCCUUUCGUGUCUGGGGCUUUGGCCUUUCCAAUCAACCGCGAACAAACGAUUUUUUUUUAUUUUAUCAAUGCUCUUUAUUUUGCCUCAAGCGAUUUUACAGAUUGGUGGAAUGAUAGCUGCCUGGCAAGAUAGCGACGUUUUUUUGGAAUCAGUACCACCCGUCACCAUAGAUGUUGUCGCCUACGUCAAAUUAAUCAAUUUUUAUUACAACGGAGAUAAGAUGAAGACAUUGCUUUUAAUUAUCGAAGACGAUUGGAAACGUUUCAACGUGGGUGAAGAAAUAGCGAUUCUUCGUCACUUUGGUCAAGACAACAGGAAGAAAACCCUCAUCUAUGCCGGCUGCGUAAUGGCAACGAUGACACCGUUCAUGUUGACCCCUUUGAUACCGCUCUUAUUGGGCUCUUUAAAUUCUAAUGAAACGAUAGCCUCGAAUGAAACAGUAGAAAGACCAUUGAUGUUUCACGUCGAGUACCUCGUAAACGUUGAAAAAUGGUACUUUUAUUUGCUCAUCCACUCAUAUUUUGGAACCAUAUCUUACAUAGCAGUUUUCGUUGCAAUCGACACAAUAUUGCUCACUUACGUGCAGCAUGCCUGCUCGUUGUUCGCCAUAAUUGGUUAUCGUUUGGAAAAUUUAGUGGAUAAUGAUGAUCUGGACAUCAACACGAAUCCUCCGAUAAGUGAAGAUAAAUCUUAUCGAAAUAUCAUUCAGUGCAUAUCGCUACACGCACAUGCUAUCGAAUAUGUGGAAAUAGUUGAGAACGCAAACACAAUAUCCGUCUUCUUACAAUUGGGUAUUAACGCUUUUUGCAUCAGUUUUACAGGAUUCCAGGCAGUGUCAACAAUGGACCGUCCGGAAGUGGCGAUCGGGUACGCCUCCUUUAUGGCCGCGCAAGCAUUUCCGAUUUUCAUUGCCAGCUACCCUUCUCAAUGCUUGCUUACUGAAAGCUUACGAAUGUUCGAGUGCUUUACAAAAUCAUCGUGGUAUCUCACUUCAUUGAGAACACGAAAACUGCUGAAUUUGAUGCUCUUACGAAGCACCCAACCUUGCUACUUGUCAGCAGCAAAUUUUUACGUACUGGAUUUGCAGUUUUUUGCAACCGUGAUGAAGACUUCAAUGUCGUACUUAACGAUGCUGUGCUCGAUACGAUAAAUAAUGGCCAACGAGAAACUCCAGUUACUCAUUAUUAAGGAUCUUAGCGUAUUCCAUUAUGAGCAAUUGUGGUAAAUUUAUUCUCAAAAUAAGAUGAAACGAUGAAAAACAUUCUCACCUACCCAGAUACGUUUGAUGACAUGCUCUUUGAAAAAAUCGCUGGAUCAAGCAUUGUCAGAAAGGCGACCUCU